GAAACCCGCCUCCUGCCAGCUUGGCGCGCUUUUGAAACAGCCUCUAUUCUAUUUCGUCGAUGAAGAGGACCCGAGAGGAGGUGGACGCGACGCUGCAGAUCGCCAAGCUGAACGCGGCCGAGCUGCUGCCUGCGGUGCACUGCCUGGGCUUCGGCCCCCGGGCCAGCGGCGCCGGCGGCGGUGACUUCUGCCUGCUGGAGCUGGAACCCGCGCUGUGCCAGCAGCUGGAGGCAGGACACAGUCUUGUGAUUCGUGGUGAUAAAGAUGAGCAGGCUGUGCUGUGCAGUCAAGACAAAACAUAUGACCUGAAAAUAGCAGACACUUCCAAUAUGUUGCUUUUUAUCCCUGGUUGUAAAACUCCAGACCAGCUGAAGAUGGAAGAAACACACUGUGACAUUAUUCACACUGAGAUCUUUGGUUUUUCUAAUAAUUAUUGGGAAUUAAGAAGAUGUAGACCCAAAUUAAAGAAGCUAAAGAAACUUUUGAUGGAAAAUACCUAUGAAGGACCUGACACUCAAAAAGAAAAGGACUCAACUCACUCAAAAUAUACAACUGAAGAUUUGCUUAAUCAAAUUCAGGCAAGUGAGGAAGAAAUAAUGGCCCGAUUACAAGUUCUAAAUGCCUGUGAGAUUGGAGGUUAUUGGAGGAUUCUUGAAUUUGAUUAUGAGAUGAAACUUCUGAAUCAUAUAACUCAGCUUGUGGAUUCUGAAUCUUGGUCUUUUAGUAGAGUUCCUUUGAAUACGUGCCUUCAGGAACUUGGACCAUUGGAACCAGAGGAAAUGAUUGAACACUGUCUUGAAUGUUAUGGAAAGAAAUAUAUAGAGGAAGGUGAAGUUUAUUUUGAAUUGAGUGCUGAUAAAAUAUGCAGAGCAACAGCGCAAAUGCUGCUUCAGAAUGCAGUGAAAUUCAAUCUCGCUGAGUUUCAAGAAGUGUGGCAACAGAGUGUUCCUGAGGGAAUGAUAACCAGUCUUGAUCAGCUUAAGGGUUUAGCCUUGGUGGACAGACACUCAAGACCAGAAAUCAUAUUUUUGCUAAAAGUAGAUGAUUUACCUGAGGACAAUCAGGAGCGUUUUAAUAGUCUAUUCUCUCUAAGAGAGAAGUGGACAGAAGAAGAUAUUGCUCCAUAUAUUCAAGACUUGUGUGGCGAGAAGCAAACCAUAGGUGCAUUACUCACUAAAUAUUCUCGAUCUUCGAUGCAAAACGGUGUUAAAGUUUAUAACUCAAGAAGACCCAUUUCUUAAAAGAACAGUCUGUUCCUUGGGACUAAAGUUGCUAGUUAUAAGAGAAAGAUUCUUUUAUGUAUUUGUAUUUCAGACUUAUAAACAUCUACUGCUUUGAGGCAUUUUUCUCCUCCUCCUAAGCAUUUAGAAACUACUGCUCUUUUUUUCCUUUAAUAGGAUAUUUCUCUAUCUUUCAAGUUAUGUUUGUAUUAUGCAUACAGUGUAAACAAGGACAAAAGAAAAUGUUUUUACCUGUAUUUUGUAUCUC